GAAACAGCCACUGGGAAGCACGUGCCACGGGCUGUCAUGGUGGACUUGGAGCCCACUGUGGUAGAUGAAGUUCGGGCUGGCACCUUCCGGGAGCUUUUUCACCCAGAACAACUGAUCACUGGAAAGGAGGAUGCAGCCAAUAAUUAUGCCCGUGGCCACUACACCAUUGGCAAGGAAAGCAUUGACAUGGUGCUGGAUCGUGUCCGUAAGCUGACCGAUGCCUGCUCUGGGCUGCAAGGAUUCCUGAUCUUCCACAGCUUUGGUGGCGGUACGGGCUCUGGAUUCACCUCCCUGCUGAUGGAACGCCUCUCUGUGGAUUACGGCAAGAAGUCCAAACUGGAGUUCGCCAUCUACCCGGCCCCUCAGGUCUCCACUGCCGUGGUGGAGCCCUACAACUCCAUCCUGACCACGCACACCACGCUGGAGCACUCGGACUGCGCCUUCAUGGUGGACAACGAGGCCAUCUACGACAUCUGCCGCCGCAACCUGGCCAUCGAGCGCCCCACCUACACCAACCUGAACCGCCUCAUCAGCCAGAUCGUGUCCUCCAUCACGGCCUCGCUGCGCUUCGACGGCGCCCUCAACGUGGACCUGACCGAGUUCCAGACCAACCUGGUGCCCUACCCGCGCAUCCACUUCCCGCUGGUGACCUACGCGCCCAUCAUCUCCUGCGAGCGCGCGCACCACGAGCAGCUCUCCGUGGCCGAGAUCACCAAUGCCUGCUUCGAGCCCAACAACCAGAUGGUCAAGUGUGACCCCAGGCACGGCAAGUACAUGGCCUGCUGCAUGCUCUACCGCGGGGACGUGGUGCCCAAGGACGUCAACGUGGCCAUCGCUGCCAUCAAGACCAAGAGAAGCAUCCAGUUUGUCGACUGGUGCCCAACAGGCUUCAAGGUUGGGAUCAACUACCAGCCCCCUACGGUUGUCCCUGGAGGGGACCUGGCGCAGGUGCAGCGGGCAGUGUGCAUGCUGAGCAACACCACGGCCAUCGCCGAGGCCUGGGCGCGGCUGGACCACAAGUUCGACCUGAUGUACGCCAAGAGAGCCUUCGUGCACUGGUACGUGGGAGAAGGCAUGGAGGAGGGAGAGUUUGCAGAGGCCAGGGAGGACCUGGCUGCCCUGGAGAAGGACUAUGAAGAAGUGGGAACUGACUCGUUCGAAGAAGAGAAUGAUGGGGAGUAAUUA